GAGAAAAUAAAGAAACAGCCCGCUUUUUCAACGCGAGACAUCUGCUUUAUGCAGUGCAGUAUUUAUAAAUGGCAGAGGAGCUGUUAGUUCUGCCCAAUGGGAAACCUUCACGGCACCUUACUUCAUCCCUGCUGGCGGUGGCCUUCCUCUCCUCAUUUGGCAGCUCCAUGCUCUACGGCUAUAAUCUAGCUGUCGUCAACUCACCAGCAAAUUACAUCAAGGCCUUCUACAACCGCACGUUUGUGAGCCGAAAUGGCGGCGGUGCGAGCGAAGAAACGCUCACGCUCAUGUACUCUCUCACGGUGUCCGUGUUCGCCAUCGGAGGACUGCUGGGCUCCUUGAUGGUUGGAAUGCUGGUCACUAAAUUUGGAAGGAAAGGGACUUUGGUGAACUCAACAGUUCUGGUCUUCGUUGCCGGAACGCUGAUGGGCUUCAGCAGAACAUGUGGCUCUCCGGAAAUGGUGAUCAUUGGUCGAUUCAUCACUGGGAUACACUCAGGAAUUUCUCUCAGUGUGGUGCCCAUGUACCUUGGUGAGAUUGCUCCAAAGAACCUGCGUGGCUUCCUAGGGCUCAUGCCCAGCAUCUUUAUCUGUAUAGGAGUCUUCAUCGCUCAGAUCCUGGGCCUCCAUGAAAUGCUGGGAAAGGAGGAGCACUGGCCCCUUUUCCUCUCCCUAGCGGUGGUGCCCACCUUCAUCCAGCUGAUGCUGCUACCCUGGUUCCCGGAGAGCCCACGCUAUCUGCUCAUAGAGAAGCACAAUACUCACGCCACCAUCACAGCUCUAAGGUGGUACCGAGCCAAGUGCAACAUCCAGUCAGAGGUCGAGGAGAUGCAGGAAGAGCAGCGCUCGCUGUCCACGGUAGACACGGUGACCGUAAGGGGACUGCUGACGGACACGAGUGUGCGCUGGCAGGUCCUGUCCGUCGUGGUGGUCAACAUCGGCAUGCAACUCUCCGGUAUCGAUGCGAUCUGGUUCUACACCAACACCAUCUUUGAAAAUGCUGGAAUCCCCAUCCCUCAGAUUCAGUACACCACAGUGGGGACUGGAGCCAUUGAGGUUAUUGCAGGUCUUGUUGGGUGCUUCACCAUUGAGCGGGUCGGCAGGCGGCCGCUGAUGAUUGGCGGCUUCAGCUUCAUGGGGGUUUGCUGCGCGGGGAUCACACUCUCUCUGAUUUUACAGGCCCACGUGUCCUUCAUGAGAUACGUCAGCGUGGCCUGUGUUGUCGGCAUCAUUGCUGGGUUCUGUAUAGGGCCAGCCGGAGUGCCUUUCCUCAUGACAGCUGAGCUGUUCAAGCAGUCCCACCGGCCUGCGGCGUACACCGUGGGCGGAUCGCUCAACUGGAUGUCCAACUUCACCGUGGGCUUCGUUUUCCCCUUCCUACAGAUGUCAGCGGGAGCCUUCUGCUACCUGGUGUUUUGUGGGGUCUGCAUCACUGUGGCCUCCUAUGUGUUCUUCAUCAUCCCAGAGACCAAGAACAAGACCUUCAUGGAGAUUAGCCAGAUGUUUGCCCCUAGGAAUGCCGCGCUGAAAAGCCAGCCCCUCGGCAGCCUCGACCAGCUCAAGCUGAAGGCAAUGAAUGGCUACGGGACCCUGGAGAGCGGAGGGGACAACAGCAUGGAGGCCAUGUAGGGGCUGAGGAAGGAGACGUAAGAGAGAGCGGGCAAACGUACGGGAUGGUGGGAUGGGCUACUGCCACGUAAUAAACCCUACUGCACACCAUGGCAUUGCAAAGACUUGCACAGACCACACAUGCAUCAUGGUCAGUGUGGUCUGGUGUCCACUAAGUGUUUCUUGGUCGCCUGCCAUUUCCAACGGGACAGCAAAUGCUGUGCUCUGAAAAAACAAACAGUUGUAUGGGAUGGAGUGCCAUCCAGCCAUUUUCUUACCAGCUUACAUUCUGAGUUUUUAACCUCUCUUCCCAACAGUGCCUUAAGAAAC